AUGCCACUGUCAUUUUCUCAACCAUGCUCCUGGGCACUUCUGCUGCUGGUGGUGUCAAACUUCCUUUUAUGGGAGAAUGUGGCUUCUGUGGCAUUGGGCAGCAGUAACACUGAGGAUGAUCAACAAUCACUCAAGGAUCAGUUUCAUAAUACCUUGGCACUUUCUCAGACUAUCAAUGACCAGAACAUGAAAUUGCGCAAGAUAUUUACCAUCAGUGAGUUAUCUGCAAAAAUUUUUGAUAACUUUUUAAAUUCAUCACUAGUCUCACUUGACCAGUUUAUGUUUAUGUUUCUUGGGGAACAGAAAUUACUGGUUAAGAAUCUUACCUCCUGCCACAAUUAUUCCAUCAAAACUCCAGAAAACAUGGAUGAUGCUCAAAGUACCUCUCUUGAAGAAUUUCCAAUACUGAUACUCAGUAGAGUGCUGGCUUGGAAAGACACUCUUAAAAAUCUACUGACAGUACUCGGAAGUAUACCAGGAACUGAUGAUGAUGUCAUAUCUUUAGUCAAAGACAUUGAGAGGAAAAAUGCAAAGCUUCUGAAAGACACCAAGAGUAUACUCAGCUCGGUUUAUGGAACUACAGAAAAUGUGGAUUAUCCCCUCUGGUCUGGUUUUGAAGACUUUCAAUCAUCUGAUGAAUUAUCUCAAUUUAUUGCUCUUUGUAAAUUAUCCUACUGCUUGCAUGUUGAUAUACAAACAGUUGACCUUUAUCUCAAGCUCUUGAGUUGUUUGGUAGUUGGUGAUAGUGAUAUCUGCUCAUCCUUAAGCAGUACCAAAGCUCCAUGA